GGACAUAGAUUCCUCAUGCUCUUCUCACUCCCAUCCAUGUAGGCUUAGCUCCGCUAAAACCCUAGCAGGUUACAUUCCCAGCCAGCGGCAGCACGCACGCGCCAUGGAGGCUAGGCGUUGCCGGCGCCGCACCGCCAGCGCAGCAGCGGCGGCGGCGAGGAGGCGGCUGUGCAGCCUCCUCGCCCUCGCCGGCGACUACCUCAAGUACCUCCUCACGAAGCGGGGCCGGUUCCUCGGCAGGGUGGCCAGGAGGUCCCUCGCCGCCCUGCUCCUGUCAUCCGGCGGCGGCGGCAAGCCAUGCCUCGCCACGGCGCCGUGGCCGCCGUGCGCGCUGGCGGAGCGCGAGUUCUCGUGCAGCAACAGCCCCAGCCCGGCGUUCCUCGCGGCGAGGAGGCUGCGGUCACGGCUGAAGCGCCGCGCGGGCGCCGCCUCCUGCUUCGGCGCGCUCCGGUCCCCCUGCGGCUGCGGGCCGUCGGCGACAGAGGCGGCGGACCAGGAGGAGGAGGAAGAAGACGAGGAGGUUGAUCAGUACGGCGCGUGGGAGUGCGGCGGCGGGGAGCUGAUCGACGUGGACUACAGGGCGGAGGAGUUCAUCAACAUGUUCUACGAGCAACUCAGGGCGCAGAGCUUCCACCCGCCCACUGUUCUCCAGUGCCGCUCGCCAUGACCGGCCGGUGCCAUGGACGUGCACGUGUUGACCAGAGCGAGCUAGCUCUAUCCUCCUCUCUACUGCGUACGCGUGGGCGUCGUGUAUUGUGUGGUUCCAACCUUCGAGGAGUCUUCACUUUUGAGCGUUGCGCUGUACCGGUGGUAUCUAAGGUUAAGGUAAAGGUGUAGGUGGCUAACCCGCGAAUCCAUUUAUAAAUUAAAUGUUUAUUUAUUUAAUUUAUAAGUAGGUUCCUGGAUUAGCCACUUACACCCUCAUUAAUCUACGGUACUUACUUUCGUCUUCUUCUCAUUCCUCUAUGGCUCUCAGUAAUAUCCCUCCUCCUCGGUGUUGUAAUUUGUAAGCUAUUAUUUACAUGUGUAGAGUGUACGUCACCUGCGUCAGUAUAUAUGAAUAAAAGAGUAGCAAUGGAGUUUGGGACAAA